CCCCGCAAAUAAACCGGGUAAAGAUGCAAGACAUGUAGUAAAAGUGGAAUAUCAAGAAAAUGGCCCAUUAUUUUCAGAACUUAAAUUUUAUCAAAGAGCUGCAAAAAAAGACUAUAUCAAAAACUGGAUAGAACUCAAACAACUUGAUUAUUUAGGAAUUCCUCUGUUUUAUGGAUCCGGUAUUACUGAAUUCAAGGGAAGAAGUUACAGAUUUAUGGUAAUGGAAAGACUAGGAAUAGAUUUACAGAAGAUCUCAGACCAGAAUGGUACUUUUAAAAAGUCAACUGUCCUGCAGCUAGGUAUCCGAGUGUUGGAUGUACUGGAAUAUAUACAUGAAAAUGAAUAUGUUCAUGGUGAUAUAAAAGCAGCAAAUCUACUGUUAGGUUACAGAAAUCCUGAUCGGGUUUAUCUUGCAGAUUAUGGACUUUGCUACAGAUAUUGUCCCAAUGGGAACCACAAACAGUAUCAGGAAAAUCCUAGAAAAGGCCAUAAUGGGACAAUAGAGUUUACCAGCUUGGAUGCCCACAAGGGAGUAGCCCUGUCCAGACGGAGCGACCUGGAGACCCUCGGCUACUGCCUGCUGCGCUGCCUGUGUGGGGGCCUGCCCUGGGAGCGGAGCCUGCGGGACCCUGCGGCCGUCCAGGCUGCUAAAGCAAGUCUGUUGGAUGAGCUUCCUGAGUCAGUGCUUAAAUGGGCUCCUUCCAGAAGCAGCUGCCGUGAAAUAGCCCAAUAUUUGGUGUGUGCUCAUAGUUUAGCAUAUGAUGAAAAGCCAAACUAUCAGAUGCUCAAGAAAAUCCUGAACCCAGGUGAAAUACCUUUAGGACCACUGGAAUUUUCCACCGGAGGCCAGAGUGUAAAUGUGCGUACUCCAGACAAUCAAAACGUUGUUUCUCGAAAGGCUGCAACAAAGCAAGUCAGUCAGAUGCAAAAUAGGUCAAUAGAAAAAAACAUCCAUAGUGAGAGAAGUGCUGAGUCCUGCUUAACGGGGAGAAAAGUGCAAAAAGAGGAGCCGCCGACUGGAUUGCUUAACAGUGAGACAGCUCAGGAAAGCACAAGGAGAAGACAAAAGUAUUGUGAGUCUCAAGAAAUUCUGAAUGAAAUAAAAAGUUCUCCACAACCGUCCAGCUGUAUAUAUUUCCCAAAUUCAUUUUAUGAACCCUAUCAAGAUUCUACGAGUCCAGAUAUAUUCAAUAAUUCGAGAUCUUCAUCUUGGGAUACAUCUACUUCUACAACUGGUAUGGAGGUCACAGACUUUACUCUUAGUGAAGAGACAAAGGCAGACGUGUAUUAUUAUGGCUUCAUCAUUCUUUUUCUUUUGACUUUAGUAUGUCUUGCUUUAUAUUUUCUAUGAAGAUAUCAAAUAAAGUCCUUUUG